AGUCGAAGCUGUUAUAAAGUCCAAAAUCUUUGUUGUACCUGGAGCCUUGACUUACCGAAUCGGUAAAGUAGCCUAGAGUGGCCAGUGGGAACAGAUUGCAAAUCAAUAAGUCGGUAACACGUUUUAGUUGAAGUUUAUUCGACAUGUCUGACGGAAUUCACAAUAAAGUUGACAUGAGUCUCGAUGAUAUCAUAAAGAUAUCAAAAGCUGAGAAACGUAAAAAAAUCCAAGCUUCGAGACAACAGAGAGGCAGAGGUCAGCAAAGAGGGACAGGCUCUGUUAGAGGUCAGGGCGUGAUGAGAGGACGGGGGCAAGGACGAGGCAGAGGAGCGGUUGUCAGAGGAAGGGGACGAGGAAAACUUCCUGCCCAAGCCCAGGCCAAUACUCAACAACAGAUAGCUCGAGGGGGCAAUAGGAGAGGACGAGGUCGGGGUGGUGGGAUCACACGACAAAAUUCUGGUGUGAGUCCAUUGAAUCGCCUAGGGUUCAAUCAGAAUGUUCGGGGUCGAGGUCGAGGUCAAGUUAGAGGGCGUGGCAGAGGAAGAGGAGGAGGAGCUGUCAGAGGGAGCAAGGCUCUGGUUUUUACCAACAGUGGAAAUGUUCAGUCUAUACAGACCGCCAAAACUGCUACUCAGCAGCUACGCUUGAGCAAAGCAAAUCAGGCUGCCAAACUCCUCAGGGAAAAGCAGCUAGCCCUUCAGAACUUACAGCAAGCAAAGAAAAACAUGCAGAGCAUUAAUCAGGCUCUUCAGAAGUCCUCCAGGGAAGCUGUAGUGAAUCAAAGACGUGGAAUUCCAAAUAAUAACGGUCAACAAGCCGGACGUGGGAGAGCAAAACUCUUGACUCCACUGAUGAGACAACCUGGCAAUAUCUCCUCAACGCGUCAGCUGAUCAAUACCUCUGUGACCAUCGCCAAUCCUUCUGCUAGUCCUGUGAAUGCGCCGAGGGGUGGGAAAAGGAGAGGGUGGAGGAGACGGCCCAGUCAAGGGGCAGCCAGUCAGGACCAUUUCACCAUUCAAGUAGCAAAUCAGAAUGCCCCAGCAGCAAAGAAAGAUCAAUCCUCGAUUAUGGAUCAGCUGAAGAUGUUGAAGCCAGCUGUGACAACUGUCUACAAAUUUCAGAAAAAUGUCUUUGCCACACCCGCGACUGGUAUCAGUUUGAACGACAGAUUUGCAUCAUCAGGGUCAUCAAGGGUUUCCGAAGGUGGGGACGACGUGGAAGGAAGGAAAGUCUUUAUUUAACCGGUGUCAAAGUUCAAGUACAUGUGUGGCUGGUGAAGGAACAGUGAGCGAGUGAGGUGCUUGGGCAGAGUGGGUGCUGGGAGAGUGCAGAGCCUAUGUUCUUGUGAAUUAUCACAUUGUGACUCUCAGCUUUUUUACUGCUUUUUAGUUGAAGUUUGUGGCUUCCUUUGUGCUGUCCCAGUGGAUUGGUUUUCGGCUUAGAAAAAAAAAUAUUUUAAAAAAUUGCUGCCUUGAUUUUUUAUGAGAAUAAAACUGUAAAUACAUGUUAUGUUGCGGGGAA